UUUAUACACAUCACCGACACAGUUGACGGCAAUGAUUCGUCAAUGAUCUUGGCGACAAAACAGUUGAAGAGGCGGUAUCAUUGGGCUCUGUGAGCUGAAGGAGAGGACCCUUUACCCAAGAGCUAUCGGCUAUUAGCUACCGCUAGCUGGAUUACUGUCGCCAUGGAGUUGGCUCACAGUCUACUUCUGAACGAGGAAGCCCUAGCCCAGAUCACUGAGGCUAAGAGACCCGUCUUUAUCUUCGAAUGGCUUCGCUUCCUGGACAAGGUUCUAGUGGCAGCAAACAAGGUGGAUGUGAAGGAGAAGCAGAAGAAGUUGGUUGAGCAGCUGACAGGGUUGAUCAGCAGUGCCCCUGGCCCUCCCACCAGGAAACUGCUAGCUAAGAACCUGGCUACCCUCUACAGCAUAGGAGACACCUUCACCGUCUUCCAGACACUGGACAAGUGCAAUGACAUCAUCAAGAGCAAGGAUGACACGCCCACUUACCUCCCCACCAAACUAGCUGCUGUGGCCUGUGUUGGUUCCUUCUAUGAGAAGAUGGGGAGGAUGCUGGGAAGCUCCUUCCCCGACACCAUCACCAACAUGCUGAAAGCACUGAAGACUGCAGAGUCCCAGGGUCGUAGUGAGAUUCUACUCAGUCUACAGAAGGUGUUGAAUGGUCUUGGUGGAGCAGCAGCCUCUUGCCAUAGAGACAUCUAUAAGAACGCUCGUUCCCUACUCACAGACCGCUCCAUGGCUGUGCGCUGUGCUGUGGCUAAGUGUCUGCUAGAGCUGCAGAAUGAGGCUGUCUUCAUGUGGACCACCGAGCUGGAGAACGUAGCUACUCUGUGCUUCAAGGCCCUGGAAGGAUCGAACUAUGGAGUGAGGGUAGCCGUAUCCAAACUACUAGGAACCGUCAUGGCCACGGCCCUGAUGCCCAAACAAGCUGCAGUGAUGCGUCAGAACGUGAAACGUGCCACACUAGACGAGGUGUUGGAGCUGAUGGCUACAGGCUUCCUAAGAGGGGGGUCUGGCUUCCUGAAGAGCGGGGGGGAGAUGCUGAAGGGAGGGGGCUCUGUCAGCAGGGAGGUACGGGUGGGAGUCACACAGGCAUAUGUUGUAUUCGUGACCACGCUGGGCGGCCAGUGGCUGGAGCGGAACUUUGCCACGUUCCUGUCUCAUGUCCUGGACCUGGUCAGCCACCCGCGGGCCACCCAGACACACGUGGAGGCGGUGUACUCCCGUCGCUGUGUGUCGUUCAUGCUGCGCUCCACUCUGGGGGGGCUGCUAGGGGAGAAGGCCCAGAUCGCUGCGGGGAAAGACAUCUGCCAGGCUAUCAGUAAACAGAUGAGGGCUGUGGGUAAGGAGAUAGAUGGGGGGGAGAUUUCACGGUUCAGAGCUUUACAGACUCUUACCUCUGCUCGGAGGCACAGUUCUGCUGAGGCAGUAGUGAAUGACACCAGUGGAGAGAACAAGGCAGGAGCAGCUGAUGUUUCUGCCAGUCAACACGUGAUGGUCUGUGCCCUCAAAGAGCUGGGCAGCCUGGUGCAGAGUCUUAGUGCCACAUCCUCACCGCUCAUACAGGAACCCUCCAUUGGUCUCCUGGAGACUGUCUCCUCUGUGCUGCUCCACCCCAGCAUGGCGGCCCGUUUGGCUGCGGCCUGGUGUUUACGCUGCGUUGCCGUGGCGCUGCCCUAUCAGCUGACUCCGCUGCUGGAGCGCUGUGCGGAGCGCAUCAACAACCUGAAGAGCUCUCCAGAGGCUGUCAGCGGCUACAGCUUCGCCGUGGCUGCUCUGCUGGGCGGCGUGCACCAGUGUCCUCUGGGAGUACCACAUUCCAAGGGGAAGCUGGUGGUGAGCAUAGCUGAGGACUUGCUCCGUACAGCAGCCCAGAACAGCCGUCUUUCUCUGCAGAGAACCCAGGCUGGAUGGCUGCUGCUGGGGGCACUAAUGUCUCUGGGCCCGUCCCUCGUCCGCUAUCACCUUCCCAAGAUGCUGCUGCUGUGGAGGAACGUGUUCCCCCGUUCCCAGAAAGAGAUGGAGGCAGAGAAGGCUAGAGGAGACAGCUUCACCUGGCAGGUUACGCUGGAGGGACGUGCUGGGGCACUCUGUGCCAUGCGUAGCUUUGUGGCCCAUUGUCCCGAGCUGCUGACGGAGGAUGUGAUCCGCAGGCUGAUGACACCUAUCGAGUGCGCCAUGACCAUGAUGUCACAUGUCCCGUCGGUCAUCAAGGUGCAUGGCACCCAUCUGAAAGCCAGUGCAGCUAUGGUGAGGCUGAGACUCUAUGACAUCUUGGCUCUACUUCCCCCGAAGACAUACGAAGGUAGUUUCAAUGCCCUGCUGAGAGAGCUGGUGGCAGAGUUCACUCUGACUGAUAACUCGGCCAACACCACCACCUCGUUGCUACGCUCACUCUGUCACUAUGACGACAGUGUUCUGAUGGGGUCCUGGCUACAGGAGACUGACCACAAGUCUAUCGAGGACCAGCUCCAGCCCAACAGUGCGUCAGGCAGUGGCGCUCUAGAACACGACCCCUCCUCCAUCUACCUGAGGGUACCGAUGGGCGAGGCCAUGCCUGGGCCCCUCCCCCUUGGCGUUUCUGUCAUCGACGCCUCCGUCGCUCUGUUCGGAGUGGUGUUCCCUCAUGUCUCCUUUAAACACAGGCUGCAGAUGCUGGACCACUUUGCAGAGUGUAUUAAACAGGCCAAGGGGGUCAGACAGCAGGCUGUCCAGCUCAACAUCUUCACCGCUGUCCUGAGUGCCCUCAAGGGUCUGGCAGAGAACAAGUCCACCCUGGGUCCUGAAGAGGUUCGUAAAUCUGCCCUGGCGCUGGUGAUGGGCGCUCUGGACAACCCAAAUCCCAUCCUGCGCUGUGCUGCUGGGGAGGCCUUGGGAAGGAUGGCUCAGGUGGUGGGAGAGGCCACCUUCAUUGCCCGCAUGGCACAGUACAGCUUUGACAAACUGAGGUCAGCCCGUGACGUGGUCUCCAGAACAGGCCACUCCCUGGCUCUGGGCUGUCUGCACAGAUACGUAGGAGGGAUUGGUUCAGGACAGCACCUCAAAACGAGCGUCAGCAUCCUAUUGGCCCUAGCCCAGGAUGGAACAUCCCACGAGGUCCAGACGUGGGCCCUCCACUCCCUGGCUCUCAUCGUAGACUCCAGUGGUCCCAUGUAUCGAGGCUAUGUGGAGCCCACCCUCUCCCUGGUCCUGACCCUGCUCCUAACCGUACCCCCCUCACACACUGAGGUACACCAGUGUCUGGGACGAUGUCUGGGCGCUCUCAUCACCACGGUUGGACCCGAACUACAAGGUAACGGAGCGACAAUCUCGACGAUCCGCUCAUCAUGUCUGGUGGGCUGUGCCAUCAUGCAGGGUCACAGCGACUCCCUGGUGCAGGCAGCGGCCAUAUCCUGUCUCCAGCAGCUACACAUGUUCGCCCCGCGCCACGUUAACCUCUCCAGCCUGGUGCCCUGUCUCUGUGUCCACCUGUGUAGCUCUCACCUGUUGCUGCGUCGUGCAGCGGUGGCCUGUCUGAGACAGCUGGCCCAGAGAGAGGCUGCGGAGGUCUGUGAGUACGCCAUGAGUCUGGCCCGCAACAAGGACAGCACGGACUCAACCACCGUCAAUCUGAACAUCACAGAGACUGGUUUGGAGGGGGUUCUGUUUGGAAUGCUGGACCGGGAGACGGACAGGAAGCUUUGUCACGACAUCCAUGAUACUCUGGGCCACAUGCUCUCCUCGCUCGCCGUGGACAAGCUCUCUCAUUGGUUGAAGCUCUGCAAGGAUGUCCUGGCUGCUACGACAGGUCACAAGGCUGGAGGAGGGGUUGUGGCGCCGGUAGAUCUGGGUAAAGAAGAGGACGACUCGGAGAAGCAGGAUGAGAUCGACGAUGACAUCAUGUUUACGGCGCUGGGAGAGGACAAUAACGCCAAGCCGUCUGUGGCGCCGCGCUGGGUGACCCGUGUGUUCGCCGCAGACUGUCUGUGUCGCAUCAUACUGCUGUGUGAGAACGCAGACAAGACCCACUUUGACCUGGCCGGCGCACGCACUGCUAAGGCCAAGAACCCUAAAGGUGAUCUGUUGGUCCUCCACCUCUCUGACCUGAUUCGCAUGGCCUUCAUGGCGGCUACAGACAGCAGUAACCAGUUGAGGAUGGCUGGUCUUCAGGCUCUGGAAGACAUUAUUAAGAAGUUUGCCUCUGUUCCGGAGCCAGAGUUCCCAGGUCACGUGAUCCUGGAGCAGUACCAGGCGAACGUUGGAGCUGCUCUUAGACCAGCGUUCUCCCCAGAUACACCUUCUGACAUCACGGCUAAGGCAUGCCAGGUAACUGUCCUGAUAGGUUCUCCCCAGAUACACCUUCUGACAUCACAGCUAAGGCAAGGCAUGCCAGGCCUUCAGGCCAUGAGUCCUGUCAUUACCUGUCAUAUGUUCUUUACUGACAAACAGGUGUAUGUGGUGGCCAUGAAGAUAAAGAAGGAAGCAGAGUCUCGGCCGGUGAAGGAGGUGAAGGCAGGAGAAGAGGAUGAGGAAGAGGAGGAGGAGGAGGUGGGAGCGGACAUUCUUCCUCCUGACAGCCUGAUUAUGCUGGUGCAGCCUGAACUACCGUCUCUGUCUCGGCUGUGGUUGGCUGUCCUCAGAGACUACGCUCUGCUCACGCUGCCUGCUGAGUUCUCCAGCCAACUGCCCCCUGACGGUGGUGCCUUCUACACCCCAGAGACCAUCGACACAGCCCGUCUCCAUUACCGUGGCUCCUGGGCCCCCGUUCUCCACGCUGUGGCCCUCUGGCUGAGCAGCACCAGCUUUGGGGCCGGGGAGGGGGAAGAGGAGGCCCCCGCUGUCCCUCCACAGGCUUCUGGGGCACCAGUCUACCCCCAGGGUAACCCUGGACCUACUCAGAGCCUGGAGGAUCUGAUUAAGGACAGAAUGCAUCUGAUGUUGGGUGUCAGUAUUGAGUUCCUGUGUUUCCCAAGACCUGAGGAACCUAUAGAACAUGUCAUGUCAUGUCUACAGGCUCUCUGUACCCUACUGGACUCUCCCUGUGCCAGGACACACAUCAGUGAAGACCAGUUGUUAGGUGUAGAGCUGCUCAACGUUCUCCACAGACUACUCCUGACCAGAGAUCCUCCAGCCGUUCAGCUCCAAGUUACGGCUGUGGUGCAGGAGACGAUCAGGGCUGCACAGGACCACCUGACACAGCAGAGAGACACACAGGGUAAGGAGGGUGGAGGGGAGAAGGACGGUCUGUCUCUCCGGGGAGAGGGAGGUGAGACUGGGGAGCUGCUCCCGGGGAAGUCCCUAGUCUUCGCUGCCAUGGAGCUUAUGGUGUUCAUCCUGGUUCGUCACUUGCCCCAACUCAACACCAGGGUGAACGAGUCCCCCAGCCACCUGCCCCUCCGACCCCAGCCUCGUCUGCCUGAGGAGAGCACCCGGCUGGUGGCUCACACCGUCUCUAUACUGGCUGAACUGCCGUCGCUAUGCUCCCCCGCAGGCAGCAUGACCAUUCUCCCGACUGUACUCUUCCUGAUAACCGGGGUCCUGAAGGAGACGGCUGUGAAGACACCUGAUAACUCCAUACCCCUGCCUGUCUCCGCUGCUCUACAGGGUAUAAAGACCAUCAUCACCUCUCCUCUGGCCCGGGCUGAGAAGACUCCCACUCAGUGGACAGGACUGAUUAGGAGUAGUCUGGCUUCUGUUCUAGAAUAUUCUCAACCAGAUGAGUCUCGUCCCAACAUGGAUGAGGUCAGUAUGCUGACAGCCAUGACCCUCUUCCUGCUGUCUGCCAGUUCAGAGGUCAUAGGAGUCACUGUGCUGCAGCAGGGUUGUAUGGAACGCUAUAGGAACGCACUCCUCUCCUCUGACCCCUGGGUCCAGGCGCGGUGUUACCAGCUCCUCCUGUCCGUGUUCCAGCACCCCAGCCGUGCGUUAUCCACCCCCUACAUCCACGCCCUGGCGCCGCUUAUGGUGGAGAAACUGAAGGGGGUGGAGAGGAGUCGCCCAGGCACGGUCACGGAGCUGCAGGCCGUACAGGAGGGCAUCAGGGUUCUGGAGAACCUAGUGGGCAUGGCAGAGGAACCGAACCGGGUACAGUUGCUAGCUCUGCUCGUCCCCACCCUGGUCUCCUAUCUCCUGGAUGACAAGGCCUUCUCCUCCGCUCCUCCUGCCUCCAAGGGCCUACAUGAGUUUGCUCUCCAGAACCUGAUGCGGAUCGGGCCCCUCUACCCAGCUGCCUUCAAGACAGUGAUUGGAGCUGCACCUGAGCUCAAGACCCGCCUUGAGUCGGCCGUCAGAGCCAAUCAGGCGAGCAGCAAAGCCAAAGCAGCAGCCCUAUUGGCCCAGCCAACUGUGCAGGCCGCGCCCACCAUCAAACUCAAAACAAGUUUCUUCUAAAUAUCCCUGAAAUGCAGAAUACUUUAUCAUCCUGGUGUCGUCUGAUACGUCUCUAAGAUGUUCUUUAUUUAACUUGGUUCUCGGUGGAUGAGAUUUUUCUACUUAGUUUUCUUGAAGUCGGCAGGUAGCCUAGUGGUUAGAGUGUAGGGACGGCAGGUAGCCUAGUGGUUAGAGUGUAGGGACGGCAGGUAUCCUAGUGGUUAGAGUGUAGGGACGGCAGGUAGCCUAGUGGUUAGAGGGUAGGGGAGGCAGGUAGUCUAGUGGUUAGAGUGUAGGGACGGCAGGUAGCCUAGUGGUUAGAGUGUAGGGACGGCAGGUAGCCUAGUGGUUAGAGGGUAGGGGAGGCAGGUAGCCUAGUGGUUAGAGUGUAGGGACGGCAGGUAGCCUAGUGGUUAGAGUGUAGGGACGGCAGGUAGCCUAGUGGUUAGAGGGUAGGGGAGGCAGGUAGCCUAGUGGUUAGAGUGUAGGGACGGCAGGUAGCCUAGUGGUUAGAGUGUGGGGACGGCAGGUAGCCUAGUGGUUAGAGUGUAGGGACGGCAGGUAGCCUAGUGGUUAGAGUGUAGGGACGGCAGGUAGCCUAGUGGUUAGAGUGUAGAGGAGGCAGGUAGCCUAGUGGUUAGAGGGUAGGGGAGGCAGGUAGCCUAGUGGUUAGAGGGUAGGGGAGGCAGGUAGCCUAGUGGUUAGAGUGUAGGGACGGCAGGUAGCCUAGUGGUUAGAGUGUAGGGACGGCAGGUAGCCUAGUGGUUAGAGCGUUGGACUAGUAACCGAAAGGUUGCAAGAUCGAAUCCCCGAGCUGACAAGGUACAAAUCUGUCGUUCUGCCCCUGAACAGGCAGUUAACCCACUGUUCCCCGGUCGGCCUUCACUGAAAAUAAGAAUUUGUUCUUAACUGACUUACCGAGUUAAAUAAAGCUAAAAUAAAUAUUAUAAUAAUAAAUUCCAGGAAACAAGAAUGUAAAUAAUAUCAUUAAAGGGUGUUUUAAUAUCCACUUCCACAACCCCUGUAGAGAGAGAGUUUUCUGCUUUUGAUGUCAUUUAAAUGUAUUGUUACUAUUUUAGAGAUGGAUCUCAUUUCUACAUCUUAAAUGGCAUGCUAUUUCCUAUGUAGUGCACUCCUUUUGACCAGAGUAGUGCACUCCCUUUUGACCAGAGUAGUGCACUCCCUUUUGACCAGAGUAGUGCACUCCCUUUUGACCAGAGUAGUGCACUCCCUUUUGACCAGAGUAGUGCACUCCCUUUUGACCAGAGUAGUGCACUCCCUUUUGACCAGAGUAGUGCACUCCCUUUUGACCAGAGUAGUGCACUCCCUUUUGACCAGAGUAGUGCACUCCCUUUUGACCAGAGUAGUGCACUCCCUUUUGACCAGAGUAGUGCACUCCCUUUUGACCAGAGUAGUGCACUCCCUUUUGACCAGAGUAGUGCACUCCCUUUACCCAGAGUAGUGCACUCCCUUUACCCAGAGUAGUGCACUCCCUUUACCCAGAGUAGUGCACUCCCUUUACCCAGAGUAGUGCACUCCCUUUACCCAGAGUAGUGCACUCCCUUUACCCAGAGUAGUGCACUCCCUUUACCCAGAGUAGUGCACUCCCUUUACCCAGAGUAGUGCACUCCCUUUACCCAGAGUAGUGCACUCCCUUUACCCAGAGUAGUGCACUCCCUUUUACCCAGAGUAGUGCACUCCCUUUUUGACCAGAGUAGUGCACUCCCCUUUUUGACCAGAGUAGUGCACUCCCCUUUUUGACCAGAGUAGUGCACUCCCUUUACCCAGAGUAGUGCACUCCCUUUACCCAGAGUAGUGCACUAUUUAGGGAAUAUAGGAUGCCAUUUGGGACUCUUUCCAUUGAAUAUGUAAAGGGACCUACUUCAAAAGAAUUUAACUGAGUAUAGUUGGUUCUGUAUUUGCUUCCUUAUUGGUCUGACGUCAUCAUUCUGCGCGGACUCUUGUACUCCGUGAGUCUUGGUUACAGCGUUUGUUAAGGCUGAUGUGUCAACAUGGCUGUGUCCACUGUAAGACGGGAUUCAAUCAUGCCUAUGUUUGUAAUGGAAUGUGUUUGUUGCAUGUGGAAACUUGAGCAGAAAAGGGUCUACCUGUAAGUAAAAUGGGUCUACCUGUAAGUAAAAUGGGUCUACCUGUAAGUAAAAUGGGUCUACCUGUAAGUAAAAUGGGUCUACCUGUAAGUAAAGUGGGUCUACCUGUAAGUAAAAUGGGUCUACCUGUAAGUAAAAUGGGUCUACCUGUAAAUAAAAUGGGUCUACCUGAAAGUAAAAUGGGUCUACCUGUAAGUAAAAUGGGUCUACCUUUUAAGACCUCUCACAGGCCAGUCCUUUACAACACAUUAAAUAGACCUCACAGACCAGUCCUUUACAUUAAAUAGACCUCACAGACCAGUCCUUUACAUUAAAUAGACCUCACAGACCAGUCCUUUACAUUAAAUAGACCUCACAGACCAGUCCUUUACAUUAAAUAGACCUCACAGACCAGUCCUUUACAUUAAAUAGACCUCACAGACCAGUCCUUUACAUUAAAUAGACCUUACAGACCAGUCCUUUACAUUAAAUAGACCUCACAGACCAGUCCUUUACAUUAAAUAGACCUCACAGACCAGUCCUUUACAUUAAAUAGACCUCACAGACCAGUCCUUUACAUUAAAUAGACCUCACAGACCAGUCCUUUACAUUAAAUAGACCUCACAGACCAGUCCUUUACAUUAAAUAGACCUCACAGACCAGUCCUUUACAUUAAAUAGACCUCACAGACCAGUCCUUUACAUUAAAUAGACCUCACAGACCAAUCCUUUACAUUAAAUAGACCUCACAGACCAGUCCUUUACAUUAAAUAGACCUCACAGACCAGUCCUUUACAUUAAAUAGACCUCACAGACCAGUCCUUUACAUUAAAUAGACCUCACAGACCAGUCCUUUACAUUAAAUAGACCUCUCACAGACCAGUCCUUUACAUUAAAUAGACCUCACAGACCAGUCCUUUACAUUAAAUAGACCUCACAGACCAGUCCUUCACAUUAAAUAGACCUCACAGACCAGUCCUUUACAUUAAAUAGACCUCACAGACCAGUCCUUUACAUUAAAUAGACCUCACAGACCAGUCCUUUACAUUAAAUAGACCUCACAGACCAGUCCUUUACAUUAAAUAGACCUCACAGACCAGUCCUUUACAUUAAAUAGACCUCACAGACCAGUCCUUUACAUUAAAUAGACCUCACAGACCAGUCCUUUACAUUAAAUAGACCUCACAGACCAGUCCUUUACAUUAAAUAGACCUCACAGACCAGUCCUUUACAUUAAAUAGACCUCACAGACCAGUCCUUUACAACAUCCCCUGUUUGAGAGAGACCGAGUUCUACUGAGGAAUAUUACCUGCUAUGUGAUGAUCCAUGCUAACAUGGGAUGCAUGAUUUCAUGACUUCUGAAGGAAAAAAUCUAUGGGAAAGAUUGUUUGGAAGAUGAAGUAAUGAUUUAAUAUUCUUUUUUGAUUGCCUGUAAAUAGUUGGUUGUUAUUUAAAGGUAAAUAUAAAGAUACAUUAAAAAAAGGACCUGAAAAAUCAGGUGAACUGAUUGAACUCGUGAACUUCACGAGUGGGAUGAUAAUGUCAACAAAACAAUGUUACGCCAACAAGGCAUAUCAACUCAUGAGUCACUACCCACAGUUAAUGAAGUCACUACCCACAGUUAAUGAAGUCACGUACGACCCACAGUUAAUGAAGUCACGUACGACCCACAGUUAAUGAAGUCAUGUACGACCCACAGUUAAGUCAAACCACUACCCACAGUUAAUAAAGUAAUGUACGACCCACAGUUAAUAAAGUCAAACCCCUACCCACAGUUAAUGAAGUCACGUACGACCCACAGUUAAUGAAGUCACGUACGACCCACAGUUAAUAAAGUCAAACCACUACCCACAGUUAAGUCAAAUACGACCCACAGUUAAUAAAGUCAAACCACUACCCACAGUCAAUAAAGUCAAACCACGACCCACAGUUAAUAAAGUAAUGUACGACCCACAGUUAAUAAAGUCAAACCACUACCCACAGUUAAGUCAAAUACGACCCACAGUUAAUAAAGUCAAACCACUACCCACAGUCAAUAAAGUCAAACCACGACCCACAGUUAAUAAAGUCAAACCACUACCCACAGUUAAUAAAGUCAAACCACGACCCACAGUCAAUAAAGUCAAACCACAGUCAAUAGUCAAACCACGACCCACAGUCAAUAAAGUCAAACCAUGACCCACAGUUAAUAAAGUCAAACCACGACCCACAGUUAAUAAAGUCAAACCACGACCCACAGUCAAUAAAGUCAAACCACGACCCACAGUUAAUAAAGUCAAACCACGACCCACAGUCAAUAGUCAAUCCACGACCCACAGUCAAUAAAGUCAAACCACGACCCACAGUUAAUAAAGUCAAACCACGACCCACAGUCAAUAAAGUCAAACCACAGUCAAUAGUCAAACCACGACCCACAGUCAAUAAAGUCAAACCAUGACCCACAGUUAAUAAAGUCAAACCACGACCCACAGUUAAUAAAGUCAAACCACGACCCACAGUCAAUAAAGUCAAACCACGACCCACAGUUAAUAAAGUCAAACCACGACCCACAGUCAAUAGUCAAUCCACGACCCACAGUCAAUAAAGUCAAACCACGACCCACAGUUAAUAAAGUCAAACCACGACCCACAGUUAAUAAAGUCAAACCACGACCCACAGUUAAUAAAGUCAAACCACGACCCACAGUUAAUAAAGUCAAACCACGACCCACAGUCAAUAAAGUCAAACCACGACCCACAGUCAAUAAAGUCAAACCACGACCCACAGUCAAUAAAGUCAAACCACUACCCACAGUUAAUAAAGUUGGUUUUUCACCUAUUCUACAGUUUUUUUGGUCACUUUUUUUCCACUUCUGUUUUUGCUCCAAAUGUUACUGCGUUAAUGUGUUUUUCUUGUACAACUGCACACAGGUUGAAUCAUGUGUAGGAUAUCAAACUACAAUGAGAGCUCAAAGCUCCUGGCCCAGAGACGGUUAUGGUGACCAUUUACAGCUAUUGGAGAAUGUAUCAUGUCAAUAAAGCUUCCUUGUGUAUUACAUUUUAA